AUGGCAUCCCCAGCCAGUCGUCCCUCUCCAGCACCAAGCACCCCCGGCUCGCAAGCCCCGACGGCUAGUCCAGCGGCUGCCAUCAACCCAGCGACUAAGAAGAAAGAAAUCACAGCAGUCCAAGCUGCCAAAGCCAAGGCGAUGAAUGUUUUCACUAGCGAUGGCUCGUUUUUGGAAAGAUUCAAGAAGAUGAAGGAGGAGGAAGUGGAAAAAAAGAAACAGGAGGAUGCCCUAGCACGGAAGCAGGCUUCCGAACAGCGCAUCAAAAAUCGUGGCAAAAGGACUGCCGAUCCUAAUGAUUCAGCAUCAUCAUCCAAGAAGACUAAAACCGAAGAAGAAGACAAUGCGUAUCUCCGAGAAGUGCGCAAAUUACAAGGCCACAGUCUUCGAGACGAGGGUGCGGGUGUUCGUGCCUUGGUGAAAUAG